AUGCACCUGAAGAAUACUUCUUCACGUGAACGAACAGUUGUGCAAUCCAUUCUGUGCCAGAGAGACAUCAAGCAAUCCGAUCUGAAUGGUUUGCAUGAAAUCAAAAAAUUUUACCGAAUUGUAAAGCGUAAAGUUGAAUCUGAUGUUGUUGAAGGCCCACCAGGUGAUAAAGGACCACGAGGUCCAAAAGGUCCAACAGGUCCACCAGGUCCACCAGGACCUCAAGGUGAAAAAGGACCACGCGGCCGACAAGGUCGGCGUGGUCCGCCUGGCCCACCUGGUCCAAAGAGUAAAAGCAGAAAGAGCUUUGAAAAACCAGUAUUGAUGGGAAUAGCAGCGGGUGCAUUCUUUGCAUGUUCGGUAGCAUUGAUAUUCUUCCUUCUAUCGGCAUCCCGAUUGAUACUGGGAGAUUCGAAUGAUGCUGACGAAGAGUAA